GGGGCGGCAAAGAUUGUCAAGGGAAACUCCCACUGACGUGCCUUCAUUCCUUGCAGUGUACAUUGCUGUUUAGAGAAUCGAAAGCUUUCUCUUUAUCGGUCACAGAAGGAUCACGCAUAGACCUUAUUUGUUGUUUCCUUUUUGUAAAUAGCACAGUUAUGUUAGCAGCAUGUUUUAAAUCGCCAUAAACUGUGGGCGUAGCCUGGGGGCUAGCAGACCACAUAUUCAUGUGGCGAUGUGCGGUUAGACCAUGUACGAAAGAAAAAACGAUGAUUUGACAUUGAAAUUUGCUGUUUUUGAAGGGGUAGAAAGGGAUGCUCUCACGUUGAAGCGAAUGGUUUGCCAUCUUUAAUGCACAGGUUAAGUAACUCCGUUUCUCCAAGGAAACUCUAACGCCGUAACGGCGCAGUGUUUAGUUUGGCUCAGUUUGUGACUUUUCUUGUAACAUUGAUAUGUCUGUGAUCGAACCCACGAUGAACUCCAAAGAAACAGACUUCGCUUCCCGUUUCGACAACAAACCUCUAAAUUCAGCAAGUAUAGUAGAAAUUAACGAGCGUGAAGGCCCUUAUGCGAAAUCUGAAGAUACAAAUGUUGAUUCGAAAGACCCAGUGCAAGCUCAGUCAAAUGACAGCCAUGGAUACAAGAGAGUACCAAGUGAACAGGCUGCAGAAGCUGAAGAUGCUCACAGUGGAAAUAAAAAUAGGCCAAAUGUUUCAGUUCGUUCAGAACCUGGCAAUGACCGUGUGCCGGUGACACCAUUGUCAAAGGAGGAGUUGCUGAUUGCUGCCACUGUUGUGCUCGAUGCAAAGAAAGGAAGAAACAUGUAUUUCAAACCUGAAGGGAAAUAUGUUAGAGCAUACUUAUUGUACCAGAAGUGGUAUCUGGUCUAUGCACUUUACUUUGUAAUUGCUGUGAAUCUGUGCUUGGCCUUAUUUGAGAAACCAGCAUUACCUGGUUGGGAAGCUCCAUAUUGGGCUACCAUGAUCAUUGAAGUAGCAUGCCUUGGAUUCUUCAUAUUCCGAACAGCACAUGCAUUUUACUUUGAUUCAAAAAGUAAAUUUUGGAGAGAUGCCAAGAACCUCAUGGUUAUUGGUGGCAUAGUGCUGACCUUGAUUGACAUAAUAUGUUACAUUGCCUGGUUUAAUGUGGGACCGGCAGAUACAGCUGUUCGUUUUUCCAGACCAAUACGUCCUCUAUUCAUCAUUAACUUUCCAGAUGGUCGUCAGAUAAGGAGAGCAUUUCGAAACAUCCGGCGAACCAUACCAGAAAUUGCCAAUGUGCUUCUUUUGUUUUUCCUAAGUCUGCUUCUCUUCUCUUUAUUAGCUCUUAAGCUUUUCGUUGAAAAGACCAAUCUUCAGUAUCCUAAUGGGAGGCCUUACUUCAAGAAUUACCUUGACAGUAUGUGGGAUAUGUACAUUCUGGUCACGACAGCCAAUAACCCAGAUGUGAUGAUGCCAGCCUAUGACUUGAACAACUGGUAUGCCAUCUUCUUCAUUGUCUACGUGAUUAUAUGUUUGUACAUAUUCAUGAGUAUUGUCCUGGCUGUCAUUUACAAUAACUACAAGAAAAACUUGAAGAACGAAGUGAAGAUUUCUGUGUACAACAAGCGUCGUAAAUUGGCUCAGGCAUUCCACAUCCUGAAGAUUUGGCAGAAUGGCCGUUAUGUUGUGCCACAGGACAGGUGGUUAGAGUUGAUGAAGCUGGUUGUCCCUGGGAAGAGCGAUACCUGUAUCGACCUGUUACUCAAGGUUUUGGACACCAAUGGAGAUUUGACCAUAGAAAAGAACGAGUUUCUGACCUUGGCUGACCUCCUGCAGCUGCCCGUGACAGAGGUGAAGGACAGGAUGACAAUCAUUGAGAAGCACUUCCCAGGGGUUUUUAACCAUCGAGCCAGUCAAAUUCUGCACAUGAUUGUGAGACACAGAUGCUUUCGCUACUUCUUUGAUUUCAUGAUUUUCGUGAACGCUUUUUGCAUUGGAUUCAGCCUGGAUGAAGCGGAUUGGUUUUUUCUGAUCAUAUUUACCACUGAGAUUAUACUAAAACUCUAUACAUUUGGAGCGAAGGAGUUUUUCUCCAGGUUCUGGAAUAUAUUUGAUUUUUUUGUGAUUGGUACUGCAUUGAUUGCCUCCAUUGUAGAGGCCAUAAUUGGUAAUGACAAUGAAGAAUUCAGUACCCUUGAUCCACUGUUGGUGCUGAGAGUAAUGAGACUGAUCAAGAUAUUUGGGAGCAUUCAGAGAUUUAAAGUGAUUAUUUUGACAAUUGUCAACAUUGGACCAUCAAUUCUCUCCUUUGGAGGUGUAAUUUUUAUCAUCUACUACAUGUUUGCAGUUGUUGGCAUGGAGAUUUACCAAGGGAAGAUUGAGUAUUUUGAAAACAGUUACAAUACGUCUUAUCUACCCGAUUCCAAGAAAUUUUGUGGAGCAGAAUCUCUUAAGGACAGUGAUUUCUUCAGAUUCCGCUACUGUAGUAACAACUUCAAUAACAUUCUGAAGGCGUUUGUGGUCCUCUUUGAGCUGACAGUAGUCAACCAGUGGCAUGUGUUAUCUUCGGGGUUUGUGAUAGUGACUCAUAAAGCUGCCAGGCUCUACUUCUUCCUCUUCCAUUUGUGCACUGUUGUCAUUGUUCUCAAUAUAUUUGUGGCCUUUAUUCUGGAGGCGUUCAUCUUGGAGUACUCUUUGUCAAGAGCCGGGCAUCUGGAGUCAGUUGUGGAAUCCAAGAUUAAGGAAAUGGGACUUGGAAUUGGAGCUAAACCAAAAGGUCCGUUUGCUCCGAAGCCUGAUAGGAUGGAUUUAGUAGAUAAUGAAGAAAACACUGACCAAACUGACCACGCUGAUCACGCAGAAGACUCAGACAAUGACAGUCUGCCUGAUAUCUCCAAGGAAAAAGGAUUCCGCUUCCAUUUGAAAAAGAAAAGUCGCAAGAAGGUUGAGGUUUUACUACAGCACAUGUUUGAGGGUGAGAUUGAUCCAGAGGAUGAAGGCGAUGAAGACACUCUGGAAUAUCUGCUGAAACAGGAGUACAGACCUCGCAGACUGACCCUCGAUGUCGUCUCUUAAGUCUGUCAGUCCAGUACCAAAGACUCCAGAGAAUUGGGCAUUAGAAACAUACAGCCCUACUGUGGGGAAUGCAGUUAUUCAUUGUGAUAUAAUAUUAUAUGGGAUGGUAUGCAUUUCCUAAACAAUGGCUGAAUGGCCAGCUGGUUUAGGGGAAUAUUCUUUUAUGGCCAACAGAGUUGGUGAGUUUUCUAACAAUGCUGUGUUGAAUUUUUGUUUAGAAAGCUUUUCUAAAAUUCAUUUAGCCGAGAUUUUAAUCUGUGUGGCUGUAUGCCAGUAUUAUUCAAAUGUUUUAAUCUGUUCACAUAUUUUAGGUGCUUGUGGAGGCUAGAGAGCAUAUUGUUAGAAGUCGGUUGACUGCAAGAUAUUCAAAAUUACCAGUACACAAUUAAAAUAUUACAAUAUUUCACAGGGCACGCUUUGUACAUCUUAGGGUUAGGGGCAUGUGACUACCUGUUUGACAUGUUAUGAGAUUAUAACACAUGAAGGAGUGAGAACUUUUUCCCUAAUAUAUACUUCUGAAGAAUUCCACUCUCAUGAACAAAAUCUUACAUUGAUAUUCCUUUUAUUUUACAGUUUAUUAUGUUACUUUUAAGAUCAUCACUAUUUGAACCUGAUGUGAAGAAUUCUGUGUUUUAUAAAUUUCUUAACCUAUCCAAUCAUACAGGUAAGAAUAUAUUCUUGUUCUCUUGUAUCUAUAGUCGUCGUCAUAUGACUGAAAAAUUGUUGAGAACGACGUUAAACCCCAAGCACUCACUCACUCUUGUAUCUAUAGUAUUAAUAUAUAAUCAAAAGAGUGACUUUCCAACUCUUUGUUGCAUCAGAGUUAUUCAGAUAUAUAUUUUGCAACUUGUUGUACUAGCCAAAUGCUAACGUUUAUUUGUUUUCCUAGAAUCCUUUAUUAAGAAAGUUAUUAAGAGCUAUGUCCUGUUUUGUUGUACAAAUCUAUAUUGCAUGGACUAGUUAUUGGCCACCACUGCAGACUGGUUGUAGGGUGUAAAACCUAUCAGCUCACACAAUGGUAUAUACUAGUUGUCAAAAUGUAGAACAGAUUCAUGGAUGGAAACACUAAUAAUUAACUUGGUGUCAUGUUGAGAUGUUGCAUUGGUAAUGUGGUACAGUGAGUCUAGUGUAUUACAGUGGGGCUAAAUAAACAUUGUUCCAUGAUGAAAAUGUCAGAAAAAAAGGUUGUCGAGUUAUAUUGCUUACAGAAGAAAUAAAUAAUU